AAAACAAAAAAAAACAAACUUAUAAUAUAAAAAUAGUGCUUAGAAGGUAUUACACAAAAACAAAAUAUUGUCUCUUUGGUUGAUGCCAAAUUUGUUUACCAAAAGAAAUGAUGUGAAAACAGUUUAGAUUUCAACUAGCUAGGGUUCAAAAAAAAACUUUUUUUCUUCUUCUUUCUAAGUAUUGAUAUAAGCUUCUUUUGUGUUCUACAUCAUAUGUUUAAUUUUAUUGGCCUUUUUCAUGAUAUGAUGAUGCAACAUACCCUUAAAUAGAUGACACUCAAAUACAACUUCCAACUAAGCUAGUUACUACAUAGAUACAAAAACACACACACACACACAUAUUAACACCUAGAGAAAAGAAAGAAAAAAAAAAGAUGUUGAAACAACAGAGGUUGAUAUUGGAAGAUAACAGUUCAGCCUCAGCUGGUGAUGUUCAUGCAACUUAUUCUGAUAACAACACAAGUCAAGAGAAUGGAAGCAACUAUCCUCCAAAUCAGUACUUAAUUGCACACCCACCUCCAAGUCAAAGUCAACCUUUACUCAAGAGAAAAAGAAAUCUUCCGGGCAACCCAGAUCCAGAAGCAGAAGUGAUAUCAUUAUCACCAAAGACAUUAAUGGCAACAAACAGAUUUGUAUGUGAAGUGUGUAACAAAGGGUUUCAAAGGGAUCAAAAUCUGCAGCUGCACAGGAGAGGGCACAACCUGCCAUGGAAGUUAAAGCAAAGGAACAAGAGUGAGGUGGUUCGGAAGAAAGUGUAUGUGUGUCCAGAAGUGAACUGUGUGCACCAUGAGCCAUCCAGGGCGCUGGGUGACUUGACUGGGAUCAAGAAACACUUUAGCAGAAAGCAUGGUGAGAAAAAGUGGAAAUGUGAUAAAUGCUCGAAGAAGUACGCUGUUCAAUCUGAUUGGAAAGCUCAUUCCAAAACUUGUGGUACCCGGGAGUACAAAUGUGACUGUGGCACCCUUUUCUCAAGGAGGGAUAGUUUCAUCACACACAGAGCUUUUUGUGAUGCAUUAGCAGAAGAAAGCGCAAGAUCAAUCACAGGAAUUGACCCAACAAUUAUUCAUCAUCAGGGUCAAGUAGCUACAUCAACACCAACAACAACAACCCAUUUCAAUAAUGAUAUACAUUUUCUUGACCCAAUUCAUCACAUGACAACUUUCUUGAAAAAAGAACAGCAAAACAGUAGCAGCAACAGCCCAUUUCCAUCAUGGCUGCAACCACAACACGAUACUACUCAAUCCCAAGAUCAGCAUCAUCAUCAAGACUGUAGCCCUGCAGGUAGUGUUAGUACUACUAGCACAACAAGUCACCACCAUGGGCCCACUCUGAUAGCCUACCAUCAAGCAGCACCAUCUGCUUACAUGUCAGCUACUGCAUUGCUGCAAAAAGCCGCUCAGAUGGGUACAGCUCAUUUGAGCAAGAAUGGUACAAGUAUACAAGCACCAUGUACAAUCUCACAAUCUACUAUGAUCCUACCCCAUCACCACCAACAAUAUCAAACUCCCCACGUGUCUUCUGGCAACAACAAUGGCAGUACAACCAGCUUGUCGACGUCAUCACUAGUUAGCCAAGAAGAGAUGAUGAUAGCAAUGGCUUCUUUUAAAGAAGGUAGUGGUGGACCCUCAUUAUCACCUGCUGCUGCUUUUCAUCACCAUCUUCCCAAUGUGUCUUUGACGACUAUGAUGAUGAUGAACAACAACAACUCAUCAAACGGUGGAGGUGGUUUUGCUGACGUAACUACUUUUGAAGAUACAUUUGGUCAUAAUAUCCUGGAUGCAAAGAAAGAAAAAGUUCAUCAUCAUGAUAACAAGGGAAUGACAAGGGAUUUCUUGGGGCUUAAACCCCCAUAUAUCAACCAUUAAUAUAUCCUCCCUUUAACCAUGGCAUAUAUUCAAGGUGUAAUUAGUUAAUUAAUUGAUUAACUAAAUCAAUCAAUUAGUUAAUUAAUCAAA